AACCGAAGAACUCUUAGCACCGGAAGUAGACGCAUUUUCGCACAUGCGCAGUACAAAUCGUGUCUCAGGAACGGAUAGAGUUGUGACAGUGCCUAAGAUGUCGGAACAGGAACAUAUGACCACCUGUCUGUGCGAUUUAUUUAGGCUGCUGUGGUCUCUACUGGUACCAUGCAUCUAUCUGAGUCUUGCAUUCACAGCCAUCCUCUUUCUCCUUAUCACUGGAGUGAGAACCUGGUUUCAUAUGAAAAGAAAAACCAGGAGAGCUCAGGAUAGCCAGCUGACCGUUGCGUUCUUUCACCCAUACUGCAAUGCUGGAGGAGGAGGAGAGAGAGUACUUUGGUGUGCUUUACGCACGCUUCAAAACAGGUACCAGAAUGUUUCCUUUGUGGUCUACACAGGAGAUCAGGGUGUAACAACAGAACAAAUCUUAGAAGGAGCAAGACGACACUUCAAUAUCAGACUCCCCCGAGCUGUUAAAUUUGUGUUCCUGAAACACCGUCAACUAGUUGAUGCGAAACUUUACCCAUACUUUACUCUUCUAGGGCAGAGCCUAGGGUCAAUGUUCUUGGGAUGGGAAGCCUUGACUAAGUUUGUCCCAGACCUCUUCAUUGACUCAAUGGGCUAUGCCUUUACCUUACCUGUGUUCCGAUACCUUGCUGGUUGUCAUGUGGUAAGCUACGUGCAUUACCCCACCAUCAGCACUGAUAUGCUGUCUAUAAUUCGUGAAAGAAACCCAAGCUUCAAUAAUGCAGAAUACAUCUCCAGUAAUCCUGUUCUGAGCAUCAUCAAAUUGAUUUACUAUUGUGUCUUCGCAAUAUUCUAUGGCUUGUCUGGCUCCUGUAGUGAUGUGAUCAUGGUAAAUUCCACUUGGACAUUAGAUCACAUUCUGGCUCUGUGGCAUGCUCCUCACCGCACCAGUGUGGUCUACCCACCAUGUGAUGUCCAAGCCUUUCUUAAAGUCCCUCUAACAGAAGACAAUGAGGUGAAAAAGGACAAAAAGUGUCACUCUAUAGUCUCAGUGGGUCAGUUCAGGCCUGAGAAGAACCAUCGGCUGCAAAUCAGGGCUUUCAAAAAACUAUUGGACAGGAUGCAGACAGAAUCUGCUGAUCAAGAGGCUGUGAAACUGGUUUUGAUUGGUGGAUGUCGCCAUGAGGAUGAUGAAAACAGGGUUUUGAUGCUGAGAGGAUUGUGUCAGGAGCUAGGUGUGGCGAACAGGGUGGAGUUCAAGCUUAAUAUUUCUUUUGAGGAACUGAAGAAAGAAAUAACAGAUGCCACCAUCGGAUUGCACACAAUGUGGAAUGAACAUUUUGGUAUUGGUGUGGUGGAGUGCAUGGCUGCAGGAACAAUCAUUCUUGCUCACAAAUCUGGUGGUCCAAAGUCAGACAUUGUAGUACCCUAUGAUGAUGGUCCAACAGGCUUUCUGGCAGAUGAUGAAGACAGUUAUGCAGACACCAUGGAAAAAAUCCUUUCUCUGACUCCAGCUGCUCGUAUGGAGAUUCGACGGCGGGCACGUUCGUCUGUCACCCGCUUCUCAGAUCAAGAGUUUGAAAACUCCUUUCUUGCUGCCAUGGAAGAUCUAAUGGCCACACUAGGGCAGUUAGAGUAACUGACUGUGUUUUGUCUUUUCUUACUCAAUAUAGUAAGUUAAACAAAUAUGCUUCAGUGCAGUCCAGUCUGUGCUGGCCCAAUUUCUACUAAAUUUUUGACUCUGGAGAAAUGGUGGUUUUCAAAUGGUUUUCAAGUAGCUGGCUGCUGCCCUCAUCUCUUUAUGAGGAUAGGCAUUCAAUCUACAGUUAGGGUUGGGCUCUUUCUAUGUAUUUCCUGCUUGUAGCUCUCCCGCCUUUUUGGAGUUGGGCACAUACAUACUUUUCCUUGAUGCUUUGACACAAGUGACAUUCAAUAAAAAGCAACUGCGGGUUAACUGUA